CCCUCUGUAGUCUGGACGCUGGGUUGAGGUUAGUUAGUUUGGUAUUUGUGUGUCAUAAUUGAUUUUGAGUCUGUUUAGAACAUUAACAGUUUUCGCUGAGAACUCAACAGUGAUUUUAAAGUUAAGUUAUCAGGGAUUCAUAAUGUCCACUGACUUUUAUAUCCGAUACUAUGUAGGACAUAAAGGGAAGUUUGGUCACGAAUUUUUGGAGUUCGAAUUCCGACCUGAUGGCAAGUUGAGGUAUGCCAAUAAUUCUAACUAUAAAAAUGAUACAAUGAUUCGCAAAGAAGCCUAUGUUCACAACUGUGUGAUGGACGAGCUUAAACGCAUCAUACAUGACUCUGAAAUAAUGCAGGAGGACGAUUCACUGUGGCCUCAGCCGGACCGAGUGGGUAGACAAGAACUAGAGAUCGUCAUCGGCGAUGAACACAUUUCCUUCACAACAUCAAAAACUGGCUCUCUAGUUGAUGUAAAUAACUCCAGGGACCCUGAAGGACUAAGGUGCUUUUACUAUUUGGUUCAAGAUUUGAAGUGUCUGGUAUUUUCCCUCAUUGGACUGCACUUCAAAAUAAAGCCAAUCUAAAGAGUUAAUUCAAGACCACAAUAUUUAUGUGUAAGUUAUGGUAUCUAUGUUCACCUUUUGAUUCUAACUGUUAUGUCUCAAAUUGUUCUUGGUUAAGCUUACUCAUUUUGAAAAUUCUGCUUAAAAACAGUAACUUAGGCUGGGCUUAAAUGUCAAAUAAAGAUUCCAUUCUUAAUUA